AUGUGUCGGACAGUUUUGAUUCUAGUGCUGGCCGUGAUAGUUGGUUGUGAAGCCAUCGUCACUGGUGGCGACCUAGAUGCCAUCAUGCAUCACUUGAAGAACUUGUAUGGAAGCGCAACAUCACCGAUACCGAACACUGAGGAGACGGUCGAGAGCUGUAUAACCAGCGACAGGCUGCCUGGGGAGUGCGUCAUAUACUAUCUCUGCAACAACAAUAAUACCGCCAACACUGAUGGCAGCAAUGUGAUCGACAUCAGAAUGCGUGAUGGUCCCUGUUCUUCCUACUUAGACACCUGCUGUCUGUCACCCAAUUUACGAAUUGAACCCGGACUUACACCCGAUCCUAAUUUUCAGGUAUGUAUCCAGGAAUAG